AUGAGCUAACUCAUUCUGAUAUUAUUAGACUAUGAAGUAAGAAGGGUAUUUGAUUAUGCUAAUUAAAUACCUACUUUGAAAAUUUAAUAGUAAAGUAUUUAUUUAUAAAGAUAAUUUAUAGGUUUUAAGAAAAAAAUAUAAUUUAUUGUUAACAAGAACCCACUUUAAUUUACAGAUUAUCAAAGUUAAGAUUGCAAAUAAUUGGGGAAAAGAGAUCAAUAUAAAUGGUACUGAUAAUUGUAGAAAUUAAAGGAAUUUGUUGAAGGUAGAUUAAAAUUAAAGAUAUGGAUUUAAUCAAAAAAUUUGAAAAUGGGUUAGUUAAGUAGUUAAUAUAAUCAAAACAAUUUAAUUUUAUAAUAUAAUAUCUCAUACAAAUAGUUAAUCUUCACUCUAGUAAAGGAAUUAUAAAUCAAUACAAAAAAAAUAGAAAUAAGUCCUUUUAAGGAUGAAUUUCAAUUAACA